AUGGUGCGUCGCGCUGUCGAUAGAGCUGACAAGACUGUGACCACUAAUCAUAAGCGGAAAAAGCAAGGACAAGACAUCAAAGUUGUUGGUUCAAAGAAAAAGAAUCAGCGGCGACGCAAGAACUCAUGGGAUUAUGAGGACGCCGACGACGUGGAACUCGACGAUAAGGUUGAAGACGACAGCGAAUCUGAAGACAAGGCGUCGAGGCUUAAAAAGAAACGUGCAUUGUCCAGCAAAGAUUUAGUGGUGAAGAAGGGUCAGAAAAAGAAGGCAGCUGGUGUACCGCUGGACGAAGAUAAAGACGAGGAGCGAGAUCGCACUUUGUUGGAGAAGAAGUACAGGAAUAAAAAGCAGCAGUAUGAGCGCGAUAGUGAGCAGCUGCUAAUAGAAGUACGCGAAUUGGCGCAUCAGGAGAAAAAGACUCAGGAAAAACUUAUCGAGAAGCUUAAACGAGAUAUUACGACACUCUCGAAACAGGCGGAAGAGGAACGCAAAGGGCGCAAGAAGGAAGUAGACAGACUCGUAGAGGAAAAAAUGCGCGAGUAUGAUGCUAAUCAGAAGAGAAUCGUUGAUGCAGACCUCGAAAAGAAGGCUCUGCGUGAACACAUUAAGGAGCUCGAAUCCCAAUUUGCUUCGUUUAAGAGAAGCACAGGACCGGACGAUAUCGUGACAGUCAAUGCGGCGGCAGCUCUGGCUACUACUGCCGUGCAAAACACUGAAGCCAUGUUGCAGUUAAACCAAGCCAACAAGCUGCUUGAAAUGUACCGCGUGAUAACCAGCACAGACAUUCGUUUAAUUCAGUCAGGCGAUGAUGACGACGAUGCUGACGAUUGUACCGAGGUUGUGUGUACAGCGACAGAUUCUGCAACAGGAAACCAAUUUGAUUUUGAGCUGGCUGUACCUACCGUUGCAUCAAGCGAGAUUGAGUAUCUUCCAAGCGAGACACCACCUACAGGCGUUACCGUGCCCUCAUAUUUACGAGAGGAGCUGAGCUUCAGUAGGUCCGAAAUGACCAAAUUUAUUCGAUCAGUUCUCGACGUAGUAAUUAGAAAGAAAAAAAGCUAA